UGACAAGUAGAUUUUCAACAUGCGUGACAUUUUCCGGUAAAAUAUUUUGAUCAAUUUAUAUUUUUUUCGCGAACCUUCUUUCAUUUUACUCUCUUCUAUAUUUGUAAUAAAUUUGAAGGCUUUUUUGUCAUUGUCUAUAACGUACACCGGCUUUCAUCUGCUUUUAUGAAUUACGUAAAAGAAAAGUGAUGAAAUUACCAACGAGUUUUCGCGGUUAUGCUACAGGGUGAAAACGAGUUUAAUAAAAAUAAAUUAUCAAAAUUCCUCAAGUGAAUCAAUGAAGAAUAAUAUAUACAAUGUAGGUAAAAACUUCAGAUUGAUAACGCAAGAUGGCGCCGGAUAAAACUACAAAUAAAUUUUAUUUAUUAUUGUUCUAAAAUAGUGUAGUAAUAGUAUCAAUUAUCGAAUGAUAUGUCAUAUUGAUGUAUGAAUAACACAAAAUAAAUAAUUCUACCAGCGAGAAGUUUUAAAAUUGUGAAUAUUCGCUCUGGAUCAAUAUUUUCCUUCAUAGAUUUCAAUUUACCAAGAAAAGCUGAAAUUACAUUCUUUGUUUUUAUUGAAUUGAGGUUGUCCUCAUGUAAGUUGAGGUGUUUGAAUUUUUUCAAAAUUGAUCAGUGGUUGUUGAGGUAUUUGAUCAAAAUUUUUACAAAGUAUGACCUUAUCGUGAUUUACCAAAUUUUUGUUUUGAUGUAUAACAAGUUUAAAUGAAAAUUUUUUUGUGAAAAAUGCGUUUCCACAUGGAAAUUAUAGUGCAAUUAUUAAUUGAGUUUUCCAUUCCAUAUCCAUUUUGAAUUAGUGUUUUGAAAAUGAUUGUAUAGCAAGAUGGGGGUUUAUUAACAAACAAACAACGAAGCAAAGUAAAGAAAACAAUGUAAUGUAAUAAUUAAUGUAUUCGACAUAUGGACACGUACAAGGUAACUGCUUCUAACUGAAACCCUGACAUAAUCGCUGGUGUUUUCACUUUCACUUAAACACUUUCUCAGUGACAGUCAGUUUUACAAGAUGCAUACAUUUCAGCUGGGUAUGAUGUUUUUGAUAUUCCUCGUAACAUUGGCUACCGUAUCAGCGGCUACUACAACUCAAAGACCUUCCAUCUCGGAUGAAGCCUUAGAAGCAUCCCUAAAAGACAAAAGAUACCUACUGAGGCAAUUAAAAUGUGCUAUUGGAGAAGCCCCUUGUGAUGCCGUUGGUCGUAGAUUAAAAAGUUUGGCACCGUUAGUUUUGCAGGGUUCGUGUUCUCAAUGUACACCUCAGGAACAACGACAAAUUAGAAAAGUUUUAGGAUAUAUGCAAGUUAAUUUCCCGAAAGAAUGGAAUAAAAUUAUCAAACAAUAUUCUGGGUAGAAAAUUAUCAUUUCAUUUAUUCUUUAGAAUAGAAAAUACAAAUUGUAUUUGUAGGUGUUUAUGUUUUGUUAUUAAUAAUAUUUGAAUCAUCAAUAAAUUUUUUUGAAAAUAA